AUGGCGGGAGUUGCUGCCAUGGAGUUCCCCGUGCCUCAGGGCCACAACUUCAGCAGCCGCCAGAAGGUAACGCAGUGGCUGGCGGAGCAGCUGUCAGUCGAGGAGCUGGGCACGGCCAGAAGCAGCAGCGUGGCGUACCUCGAGCUGGUGAGUUUGCAGCACGAGACAUCCAUCGCAAACAAGCUCAACGGCACUCCUCUGUCCCCUGCCGACUUCGCCGUACAGCGAACGUCGGAUGCUUCCUUGAAGCGCGAGCGGGAGGACUCGGCGAAGGACGUGAAGAAGGGCACCGGCAUUGCGGAGAAGCUCCUCGAUCUCUACGGAAGCGGCGGGAACGCCAGAGCUAAGCGCAGGUUCGCGCAGUCGCUGGCGAGGACUGUGGACCGAUCGUCGAGUGUGGCGGCUUCAGGCCUUCGCACCAAAGCGAUCAAGGAGGAGGCCCCCGUUGACGCGGAGUCGGAUGAGUAGAUGCACAGAGGGGCGCGUGUGAAUUCGGCGCGCGCUGGGCUCGUGAGCUCCCAUGUCGGGUAGGUGUGUCGGCCAUGCCCGGUGCAGCCGUGCCUUAGCCGUAGUUGUAUGCAUGAAUGCAUCACGGCAUGCAUGCAAUGAUGUGUGCGUUGUUCACCGCUCUUGCUGUCCCUGCCAGUUUCACAUAUCGUGUGCCAUUAUUCACGUACUGGUUUGCUUGUUUCCUUCUCUCCUAUAGUUACUUGUGGCGAAGUAGGUAACGGCAGAACCGGUCCGCGGCGGCCAGCGGCGAGAACAGCCGCUGGGGCGCGGAUCGGGCAGCGUUGCAGC